AUGCCAGCCAUACGCCACGCAUCGAAGCGCAAGCCGCCGCCAGAGGGCUUCAGCGACAUCGAGGACGACUUGCUCAUCUUCGCCAACAAGAUGAAGGACGCGCAGAGCCGGCCACCGCCGCCGGGCCCCAAGUACAAGGCGCAGUGGGAGGUCUUCCAGAUCGCGCACCAGCGCAGCCGCUACGUCUACGAGCUCUACUACGACAAGGAGGCCAUCAGCAAGGCGCUCUACGACUGGCUGCUCAAGAACGGCUACGCGGACGCGAUGCUGAUCGCCAAGUGGAAGAAGCAAGGUUACGAAAAGGUAAUGUUUUAG